AUGUCAGAACAAGGUUCUUCAAAUGACGAGAAUCAAAACCCAAACACGAGACAUCGAAGACAAGAAAAUAAAGAACAAAAUUUGAAUCGAUUCCAAUUAGAAUUGGAGUUUGUUUCAUGUUUAGCAAAUCCCUG